UUUCUUGGCGGUGCCGCUGUUGUCGCGCGGCCCUGCGAGCACCUCUCGUUACGUCCCCGGUGGGGAGCCGCCUGUAACGACAGCAAGGCUGCGGCCGUGCCCCGCUCCCGUUGCGUUGCGGGCGGUGCGUGCGCGGCUGCCCGAGGUCGCAGGAGGCGGCAGCGGUGGUGGUGAGGGAGGUCUCCCUCCCUCCCUGCGGCACCAUGAAAGCCGUGAGUCCCGUCCGGCACCCCAGCCGCAAGGCGCAGCCCGGCGUGGCGGGCGGCGGCGGGGGACACCCGGCCCUGCGGUGCCUGGCCGAGCACAGCGGCUGCAAGGGGGGCCCGCCGUCGGGCGAGGAGCCGGCGGCGCUGUGCCUGCAGUGCGAUAUGAAUGACUGUUACAGCCGGCUGAGGAAGCUGGUGCCCACCAUCCCGCCCAACAAGAGGGUCAGCAAAGUGGAGAUCCUGCAGCAUGUCAUCGACUACAUCCUCGACCUGCAGCUGGCUCUGGAGACGCACCCGGCGCUGCUCCGGCAGCAGCAGCAGCAGCCGCCCGCCCUGCACCCGGGCAGCUGUCCCGCGGGCACCCCCAGGACCCCGCUGACAGCCCUCAACACUGACCCGGCUGGCUCUGUUAACAAGCCGGGGGACAGCAUCCUCUGCCGCUGACCGCCGCUCCCCAGGUGAGUGCCGGGCGGGCGCGGGGCCGCGGCGGCGGCGGGGGGAGCGCAGCCCUCCGGGGCGCAGCGCCCGGGCUCGGCGGGGCCGCACCGCCUCCCGCCGGGAAGCCUGCCGAAGGGGGACCUGAGCCCGGCGAGAAAUAUUUGCAGGAGGCUUUGGGGUUUUAUU